CAAAGUGCACCACACAUUUCCGAUAGUUGGCUCUGUUUUUACCGUUGUGCGGCCGAAAACGAAACGUAGUUGUGAAACUGGCCCCACAAAAGCCACACGGUGAACAAUGUUAUUAAAUCUACACGAUAUGGCACAGCUGACCGACGGCCGGCGGUUAGGUUCCGUUCUGCUGUUCCUAUUAUUAGAUCUCCUGUUCGAUGGCGCAGAAACGGCUUCGCAGGCCGAAAUCGAGGGGCAUCUUGAGAUGGGUCGAGAUUUGCUUGCGCGUGGCCAGCUGUCGGAUGCGUUAACACACUAUCAUGCCGCCGUCGAAGGUGACCCGCACAACUACCUUACGUACUUUAAGCGCGGCACGGUUUAUCUCGCGCUUGGGAAGGCCAAAUUCGCCAUCAGCGAUUUUUCGCGCGUUCUCGAGCUGAAGCCGGACUUUACCGCGGCGCGUGCACAGCGAGGAUCCGUCUACCUCAAGAUGGGAGACUUUGACAAUGCGGAAACCGAUCUGAUGGUGGUGCUCCGGUUCGAUCCCCACAAUCCGGAUAUCAACGUGCAGUUCAGUCGCAUCGUGCCGGCCCGCGACCAGUGGCUACUGUGUUUGGACGUGAUGGAGCGCGGAGACUUUCCGACGGCGAUCGCGUUGCUAACCCAGCUGCUGGAAGUGUGCCCGUGGUCGGUGGAGAUACGGGAAGCCCGGGCGCAGAUGUAUCUGCGAGUCGGUGACCGAAUGGCCGCCGUCAGUGACUUCCGCUCGGUGAACCGUUUGUCGCACGACAGCACCGACGGGUACUAUCAGCUGUCACGCAUCCUAUACGACGUCGGUGAUUCCGGUGGGGCGUUGAAGGAGAUUCGCGAGUGCCUACGGUUGGACCCCGAACAUAAAGACUGUUUCCCUUUCUACAAGAAGAUUAAAAAGGUCGACAAGGUGUAUGCGGACGCACAGCAAGCGCAGGAAGAACAGCGGUACGGUGACUGUAUUGCAGCCGCUGAGAAGCUGGUCAAACUGGAACCGGACGUCCCAAUGAUCAAGUACAAUGGCAAACAGCUGCUGUGCAGUUGUCUCGUCAAAGAUGAACAGUUUUCUACGGCUGUGUCGCGAUGUCGGGAAGCGCUCGACAUCUACGCCGAUCCGGAGGUAAUGUGCGAUCGGGCCGAGGCACUGAUCGGUUCUGAAAUGUACGACGAAGCGAUCGCCCAGUAUCGGGAAGCGCUGGAAGUGAACGAUAACCUGCAACGGGCCAAGGACGGUAUCGAGCACGCGCAACGGGUGCAGAAGCAAGCGGAACGGCGGGAUUACUACAAAAUUCUGAGCGUCAAGCGAUCGGCCACGAAACAGGAAAUCGUCAAGGCGUACCGGAGGGCGGCCCAAAAGUGGCACCCGGACAACUUCCAGGGUGACGAAAAGAAGAUGGCCGAAAAGAAGUUUAUCGACAUUGCGGCCGCCAAAGAGGUGCUGACGGAUCCGGAGAAAAGGAAACAGUUUGACGCUGGGCAGGAUCCGCUCGAUCCGGAAGCGGGCCGAGCGAAUGGGUUCGGAGGCGGCAGUCCCUUCCAUCACUUCCACCACGGGUCCCCGUUCCAGUUUAAGUUCCACUUCUCGUAGGGAGGGGAGCACGGAACACUUCUUCGUGGCCUAUUCGAGGGCACAGUUCGAUCCUGGCUUGUAGCUGCUGUUUGUGACUGCCAAGCAAUAGGACAAUGACCUACAACCAACCUACAAAACUAAGCAAUCAGCACGCUCAGAAAAGCAAUGCGGAUCGUGAGCGGAAAUCGGUGGACUUUUGAGCCACGCAAGAGUGCCAGCUUUAAUUUACGUCCUCCUUACACUGUCGAUGUCGACCUGUUUCUCAGCAUCCAUUCCGAGAUCGACGAAAAGGUUCUCAGAGAACCAACGUGAACGUGAUAAGCGCAUUAAAUAACGCAACGGGAGAGAGCGCAAAACUUCAAGAUAUAGGCUCAGGAUCCGACACGUGAUGCUGGGAAAGGGAUAUGUGAGAGAUUACAGAAAUUGGCCGAUGUUCAAGGCGACCAAGAAGGACGAAAGUUGUUGUUUUAUAACCUUGCACUCUGCUACGCUGUACAAGCUAGUGACUGAACAGUUUGAUAGAAGAAGAGAGCGAACACACAAUGAAUAUGUAAAUAAUACUUAUGCUUUGUU